GGUCAAGCUGCGAGCAGCACCGAGACUAACGCGCGACGAUACGCAGCGCGUAACAUCGCUGUGUGCUGUGCUUUCAUCGCUGCGUCGCUUGCGGGGCAAAAGACUGCGCCGCGGCCGCGAUAUUUCGAGCCACAGCCGCAGUUGACUCGAAGACGCGCGAGACGCCCGCGCGCGCGAGCAAGACAGCGCCGCACAAAGCACCGCAACAAGCGCGCAACAAGCGCGCAGCUAAAAAAACGAUGGAGAUCGACGCGCCCGAGGCGCCCGAGGAGCCGGCGCCGCCGCUCGGCCCCGGGCCGAAGCUCGGCACCGUGGUUGCCAUGGUCGACUUCCGACCGCCGGCGGAGACGGGUCAGCAGCCGUACUAUCAAGAUGCCAACGCGCGCAUGGAGGCGCAGCGGCGCAAGGCCGAGGCCACCGAGCGGCGCGUCCUCGAGACCUUCUACGGCGUGCCCGCGUCGGCGUGGGCCGAGGCGGCGGCGCUGCCGCUCGUCAGGGGCUCGGCGGAGCAGCGCAUGGGCCAUUCGCAAGUAAGCGAGUGGAAGAAGACGCUCCGCGUCGGCGACACGAUCGACGUCCUCCACCAGGGCUUCUGGCACGAGGCCGUCGUCCGCUCCGUCCCGGCCCAGACGUCUAGUCCCUACUCCUCCUACUCCUACGCGAGCUGGUCGGUCGGGCUGACGGCUUUCGACGGCCAGCUCAUCUCCUGCGGCCGGUACGACAGGCCCAUGGCGCCGCGGGGCAUGUUCGUCGGCGACUGGCGCGCGUCGCUCGCCGUCGGCGACCGCGUCGAGGCGCGCCUGGACGACAACACCUGGGCGAUGGCGCGCGUCACGGCGGCCGCGGACGCCGACGAAGAGGAGGCGAAGCCGAAGCCGGCGCCUGCGCGCGGCGGAGGCGUCGACAUCUGCCUCGUCGUGAUCGCCGGCGAGCGGUUCGAGUCGUCGCUCGAGGCGGGCGGCGUCGUGAACAAGGGCGCCGAGUACCGGACGCUUGUGCGCGACACCGAGCCCUUCGGCAGCCUGCGGCGCACGUGGGCGCAGCAGCACGGCCUGCAGGAGUCGGAGCUCACGCUCUGGUCGCGGCCCGACCCCGCGCCGGCGCCGGCGCCGGCGCCGGCGCCGUCGUUGUUCGGGGCGCCAGCGCCGCCGCCCCCGGCCGACGUCCGACUGGACCUCGAGUCGUGCGCGCGCGACCUGAACCUGGCGGGCACGGCGACGAUAGUCGUCACGAAGAACUUAGAUGUGGUGACGACGGAGGCGACCGGCCUGCUCGAGCUGACCGUGGUCGUCGGCGGCGACGAGACGAAGCUGGAGCUGCCGCGGAGCUCGCCGAGGCUCACGCGCGCGGGCACGCACUGCAAGAACCAGGGUUUGACCAAGCUCAAAGCCCUCGAGCUGAUGGGUCCGCCGCUGUGUGGAAAUCAACCAGUGCGUCGCGUCGAUGGCGUCGCGUCGAUGGCGUGGAGGACGCGAUGAUCAGCACAAACGCGCCGUAAAAUUUUGAUUUCCACACAGGUCCGCCGAAGGACGUACUCCGGCGCAUGCUCUACGAGUACCUGUCUAAGAAAGAUCCGCGCCGGUGCCACUCCGGCGAGAUCGGGACGCUCGUGCGCGAGUGCGCGACGCAGGAGGACACGCAUCGUGUCCUCGCGAAGCUCGCCGAGGAGUUUGGUGAUGGCAACUUCCCGCUGCCGCCGCUCCCGGACGUCGAGCAGGCGCCGCUCAAGAUCGCCGACGGCGCGCUCAAGCACGAGGCGAGCGGCCUCAGCACGAAGCAUGAAACGUCACACCACUACGGCUACGGCAGCCGCUACCGCGACACAAAUACGUCCGACGCCGUUUCGGCUUUACUGGCGCCCCGCGGCGCGUCGGCCGCGAUGGACAUUCGCGCUUCCCUGGGCCACGUCGGGCUGAACUGGACGCCGAAGCGCCACGGCACCGUCUCGCCGGCGCUCGCGGAGCGCAUCAAGGUGGCGCUGCUCUGCGCCGUGCGCGACCGGAAGCGCCCGCACCAGGAGCGGUCGCUGGCGCUACUCCCGAACCGCAUCUUGAUCCACAAUAUCUUCUCCUAUCUGGCGGACGUGAAUAGUGUGCGGAUCAACGGGUCGCUAUUACGCGACGAGACGCCGCCGAACGGCGUCUACCGCGCGGGUUAUUUGAGGGAUGUGUCGCGCGGCAAGAAGAAGUUCGUCGCGACGCCGCUCUCCAAGCUCGGGGACUCGCCCAUCGGCUUCCUCGCGCCGUCCGUCGUCGUCAAGGUGCCCGUGUCGCUGGAGAUCGACCUCAAGCCCGACUGGAUCAAGCUCGUGACGCCCCAGCUGAUGGAACAGGCGAACCCCUACGGCGGCUACGCGCGACGCCGCUACUCCUAUACACACAUGAGCAACGACGCCUCGCGGCAGCAGCUCUCGACGCUGAUCGCGACGCUCGCGCACGCGUCGGCCGACGCCGGCGCGUCCGUGCAGGAGGUGGCCCAGAGCUCGAUCCUCGCGGGCACGCCGUGGGCCUCUCCCGAAGCGCCGCCCGCCAAGCUCACGAAGGCGGCGCCGCACCUCGCGAUCCUAGAAGCGGCGCGGCCGUCGGCCACGGCGCCGAUGGUCCCGUCGCCGCCGGCCAUGUCCUCGACGACGCUGCGCCCGUACCAGAGGCGCGCGCUGGCCUGGAUGAUCGUCCUUCGCCAGUGCGGAAAUCAACCAGUGCGUCAGGCCGGCCUGGAGGUAUUAUUUACUAUCGCCUCGACGCAGCGCGAGAGUGCUUUGUGUCCUCGCACGAGGCGUCUUAGGCUUACUCACCCGAACGUUUGAUUUCCGCACAGGCGAAGGAGGACGGCACCUUCAACGCCGCGGUAGAUGAUGCUUCGAACUUGGACCCGGCGUAUCGCGAAUUUGUGUCGUGCGACGGCCAGCACUUCUACGAGCCGCGGCGCCGCGCCGAGUUUGAACGCGAGCGGCCGACGGGCGGCCAGUUCACGCACGAGCCCGGCGGCAUCUUGGCCGACGAGAUGGGUCUCGGCCUGUGUGGAAAUCAACCAGUGCGUCGGGUGCUGGUCGAGCGGCGAGGAACCGGCAUCGCCACGCCAUCGAGCAGGCGUCGCGUCGAUGGCGUGGAGGACGAUGCGAUGAUUCAGCACGAACGCGCCGUAAAAUUUUGAUUUCCACACAGGUCUCGGCAAGACGGUCGUCGUGGCCGCGUUGCUGGUCACGCGGCCGCGCCCCGCCGAGGAGCUGCUCCCGGCCGGCCGCUGGCCCCAGUGCUUGAUGCCGAAGAAGAACGACGAGCAGCGCUACCGGGCGGGGAAGGUGGCGGAGCGGCUCUUCGAGCUCGCCGGCGAGCGGUCGACGGUGCGCGGUUCGGGAAGACGCGACCGCGGUCCGGCUCGCCGCUCGGGAAGAGGCGCCGCGACGGCCACGGACGGGGGCCGCGCCUCGGAGCGCCUCGUCGAACAUAAAUUCAGACUCGAGAUCGAGCAGCUGAAUAGUAAGCCGGAGACGGUGGAGACGUCCAAGCACUUUUAGUGCGUCGACAAAAAACCUAUUAGUGAUGGCGUGAUCAAGCGCGUGCCGAUCAAGGCCACUCUGGUCGUC